AUGGCAGCAUUCGUAGUGGCUUCGGUGGCAGAAGAUCAAAUGCAAUGGACUCCUUACGGAAAAUUUCAAGUCUACAACCUACAACAGGAUCAACAGGUUCAACCAAGUGAAUACUCGGAGGGUUUCAACUUUGGCGGACAUGACACUAGCUCCCUUGGUGACCACGGCAGCUUGGGUCAAGAUUUUGGCGGCCAUAGUUUCGGUGGCCAUAGUUUCGGCGGACAUGAGUUUGGAGGUCACGACUUCAAGGCCCAGUCUUACCCUGUCCACCAGCAUAUAGAGGAAGAAAAUCCCGAACCAAUCAAGCAUUACAAAGAGGUCGUGGUACCGGUACAUAAGAACGUAGAGUUCAAAGUGAACCAGCCGGUUCUGAUCCCCGUUCCCCAUCCCGUACCCAUUCGGGUGCCUGUACCGAAAGCCGUUGUGAUACCGAUCAUAAAAGAAGUCUCGAUUCCUGUUGAGAAAUCUGUUCCCUAUCCCGUUGAGAAGACAAUCCAUGUUCCCAAGAUCAAGGAGGUCCCAUUCGAAGUUGUCAAACACAUUUUGGUACCAGUGGAGAAACCUUACCCAUUUAAAGUACCUGUUCACGAAACAAUAAUUCACACAAAGAAAGGCUCCCAUAAGAUAUAA